AUGCUACAAUCGCUUCCCUUGGUUGGUAGUGCCAUCUGCUCCCUGUCAACAGGACAGCCGCGCCACUACGCUGGCAUCCACAAGUACCUCGCUGCUCAGCUGCUCUAUACCUUCACUCGUCGCUACCGAUUACUCGUGCAACCGCCUUUCUUCCUUCCGUGCGCUUUACUGCUGCUCUCCUCCUCCCACCGCCCACGUAAUCGCAUCCUCCUCGCCUUGCCUUUGCCCGCGCCGUUCCCACGCAGCAACCCUCCCCUACCACCCACGAGUCGGUCCCCGGCCAUGCCCACCACGCCACCAGCGGGGGACUGCGCUAUCGCCAGGCCGGGGGAGCAUGUGGGGGAUUGCCCUGCGCUUAAUUACGUGCUGCGCGAGCAGGCGGGCAGGCGGAAGCUGAGCGGGGCGUACGCGUGCGUGGUGGUCGGGGGCACGUUCUUCCACGCGCCCCUUGCCCCGCGCGCGCCUACUCUCCUCCGCCCACUCGCUAGCCGCCCUAUUGCAGGGGGCGCGGGCGAUGCGGGCAUCGGCGCUGGUGUUGGCGCUGGGCACGAACGAGCUGGGGGGCACGGUGCCAGGGCGCUCUCAGCGCUCACGGCGCUCAGGGGCCCUCCCCUCGCCCGUCUUCGCCGCCUGGUGCCGUGCCGCCUUCAGCAUAGAAAUCACCGUAAACGCCUUUCUGGCCCCCUGCCUGACUUCUUAGCGUCCACGGGGCUGGUGUGGCUGGAUGCAGGGGCGAGUGGCUUCAGUGGCAGCAUGCCGUCGACUGUCAGCCUCAUGACCUCGCUGCAGACGCUCAUUCUCCUCAACAACUCCCUCUCAGCCUUGCCACCCAUAAGCCUCGCCUCGCUGUCGGCCCUGGGCCAGUUGGACCUUUCCAGAAACAACCUCACUGGCCCCAUCCCCCCCUUCUGCGCCUCGCCCAGUUACACGCGGCUGCGCAGCCUGCGGUUCAGUGGCAACGAGCUGAGUGGGCGCGUGCCAGCGUCGCUAGGCAUGUGCGAGCUGCUGGAGAACCUAUUCCUGGACAACAACCGCCUCUCGGGCUCCCUCCCUGCCACCUUCCGCAUGCUGCGCCGCCUGCGCCAGGUGCGCCUGGAGCGCAACAGCUAUGGGCCCACUGCCAUUAGCGCGGCUAGAGAACAUCACCGAGAUCUGGCUCGAGGGCAACCCCCUCGCCGUCCGCAUACCGCCCGACCUGAGCUCUGCAGAGCCUCCUCCUCCCAACAGGUACUAGGCACAGCGGCAGGAAAGUCAGUGCCGUGUGGGAGUGAGAAGGCAGUGCCAUGUGGGAGUGAGAAGGCAGUGUGGGACUUCCAGGGGCUGCCGUGGCUCGAGCCUCACGAGCGCAACCUCUGA